CAUCUAAGAACCUUGACUACUGUGUGGACACAGCAUCUAAGAACCUUGACCACUGUGAGGACACAGUAUCUAAGAACCUUGACUACUGUUGGGACACAGUAUCUAAGCACCUUGACCACUGUUGGGACACAGCAUCUAAGAACCUUGACUACUGUGUAGACACUGCAUCUAAGAAUCUUGACUGCUGUUGGGACACAGUAUCUAAGAACCUUGACUACUGUGUAGACACAGCAUAUAAGAACCUUGACUACUGUGUAGGCGCAGCAUCUAAGAACCUUCACUACUGUGAAGGCACAGCAUCUAAGAACAUUGACUACUGUGUAAGCACAGCAUCUAAGAACCUUGACUACUGUGGGGACACAGUAUCUAAGAACCUUGACUACGGUGAGGACACAGCAUCUAAGAACCUAAACAACUGUGUGGAUACAGCAUCUAAGAACCAUGACUUCUCUGGGGACAGAGCAACUAAGAACCUUGACCACUGUGUAGGAACAGCAUCUAAGAACCUUGACUACUGUGUAGGACCAGCAUUUAAGAACCUUGACUACUGUGGGAACACAGUAUCUAAGAACCUUCACUACGGUGUGGACACAGUAUCUAAGAACCUUCACUACGGUGGUGACACAGUAUAUAAGAACCUUGACUACUGUGGUGACACAGUAUAUAAGAACCUUGACUACUGUGGUGACAUGGACACAGUAUCUAAGAACCUUCACUACGGUGGUGACACAGUAUAUAAGAACCUUGACUACUGCUGGGCCACAGUAUCUAAGAACCUUGACCACUGUGGGGAUACAGUAUCUAAUAACCUUGACCACUGUUGGUACACAGCAUCUAAGAACCUUGACUACUGUGUGGACACAGCAUCUAAGAACCUUGACCACUGUGGGGACACAGUAUCUAAGAACCUUGACCCCAUUUGGGACACAGUAUCUAAGAACCUUGACUUAUGU